ACCCCUACAAUUGUACCCAUACCCCUACAUUUAAAUUUUUUUGACCAAAAUACCCUCAUAUAAAUAGGGUAUAUUUUCCGUUUCAAAAUUUUUUUACCAUUUUCGUUGAAGACUUCCGGAGAAGAAAAUUUUUUGGCGUUUUUGCAUUGUAUACCGGAACACUUAAGAUGGUUCGAAGAAGAGGUGCAGAUGGCCGGAUUCCAGUCCGCACGUUAGACCGGGGUGCAUCUUCAUCUGCAGCUGCAGCUGAGCCGACUGGAUAUCCAGGAGGGCCGUACGAUACAUCGCUUUUGGUGAAGUACGAGCAUCAUGUUGCUCGACAUAUAUGGUUCGGUGAGGAAAGAGGACCAAAGAAAGAGUUGAAGGUUGCCGGACAUGGACUGAAGUUGAAUUCUAGGGUUCCAUUGGCUCUUCCACCACAGAUGGAGAGUUGGGUAUCUAGAUCCGGUUUAGCUUCACUGCAGAGAACGAGUCUGAACAAGAUAGACACAAAUCUUGUCUCUGCAUUUGUGGAAAGAUGGCAUCUAGAGACAUCUUCAUUUCACAUGCCGUUUGGUGAAAUGAGCAUUACUUUAGAUGAUGUCGCAUGUCUACUUCACUUGCCCAUUAGGGGUAUCUUUUGGAGUCCUCAGGAUGUGACUGAAGAGCUAGCUGUUGAACUUGCUGUGGACUACCUAGGAGUGUCACAGAGUCAGGCACAGUCACAUGUUCGGAGCUGCAGGGGGUCGUAUUACAAGUUGGAGUGGUUAUAUGAUAUAUUCGUACAUCAUAGGGCUGCUUCCAGCUGGGCAUAUGCGACUAGAGCAUAUCUAUUGAUGUUGGUGGGUUCCACCAUAUUUGCUGAUAAGACCUUUACACUUGUAGAGGCACGAUACCUCCUCCUGUUUAGGGACUUGGAUGGAUGUUCAGGAUAUAGUUGGGGAGCAGCUGCACUAGUUACCCUCUACCGAUAUCUUGGAGAUGCGUCCAUGUACAGUUGCAAACAGCUAGGUGGAUAUCCUACUCUCCUACAGUGUUGGAUUCACGAGUAUUUUCCAACUGUUGGAAAAAGAGGGGAGAAUUGGAAUCCUGCUGGAAACUGUGGUCUUCCCCGAGCGAUGAGAUGGUCAUAUAGACAGGGAGUCCUGAAGGUCGAUGAUUUACGACCUAUUUUGGACGAGCUGACACCUACCGACGUCAUCUGGCGACCAUUUGAGGAUCAUAGAGCAUGGCGUGUAUUUGAUGAGAUAUGUCUUUACAGGGGCUGUUUGAAGUGGGGUGAAACAGUUGUUCCAUACUUGCCUGAUAGAUGUUUACGUCAGUUCGGGUAUAGACAGUAUGUUCCAUCCCCACCUCUGGAUUGUAUGAUGGCGACGGAUAUUGAUGUUGAUUGGAUCAGUUACCAUCAGAGUGUUGUCGAUGUGAUCGGUUCAUCUUCCGUGGCCACCACUCCAUCUGAGGUAGUAGACGGUUAUCUGGAGUGGUAUUAUCGUGUUUCCCAUCCACGGUUGGUCCCUCCCCAUCGUGACGCUCCUAGAGAGGUACCCGUUCCUGUAUAUGACGCCGGGCCAUCUGAUCCUGAUUGGGCUCGUGUAUCUACAUUGAUUCGUCGCUAUCUGAGACAGGUUAAUGCUGAAGAGGAAGAUCCACAGUUUUCUGAUUUAUUUGAAGCUUUGCAUAUUUCUCGUUCACAUUGAUUAUAUGUAUUAAGCUUUGAAUAUAAUAGACAUAAUAAUAUAGAUUUCAUGUUUUGAUUACA